AGUGCAGCUAGCUUCAGGCUAGCAGCUCCGAGUCCACCGUCCAGACUGAAGAACACGGACUCUGUUAAUGAGGCGCGGCGUCUCCGAGCGACGAACGGCGGUCAGACAUGAUUUAGAAACUCGGUUGUUUCGCGGUUAAAGUCGGACGGCGGGCAGCCUGUUUCUCUAACGUUAGCUGGGAGAGAAGUGCCAGAGGAGGCAGGAAAAAUGGAGCUGGACAGCGUAGUCCUCUACCAGGACGACUCCGGUAACUCUACCAUGAUGUCCGACCGGGUCUCGGGUCUGGCCAGUUCGAUUUACCGAGAGUUUGAACGGCUGAUAGAGAAAUACGACGAGGACGUGGUGAAGGAGCUGAUGCCGCUGGUCGUCGCCGUGCUGGAGAACUUGGACUCGGUGUUCGCGGUGAACCAGGAGCACGAAGUGGAGCUGGAGCUGCUGAAGGAGGACAACGAGCAGCUGGUCACCCAGUACGAGCGAGAGAAGGCUCUGAGGAAACACGCAGAGGAGAGGUACAUCGCUCUAGAAGACUCUCAGGAGGGAGAGAAGAAGGACCUCCAGGGUCGACUGGUGUUGCUGGAGUCUCAGAGUCGGCACCUGGAGCUGAAGACUAAAAACUAUGCAGAUCAGAUCAGCAGGUUUGAGGAGAGAGAGGCUGAGCUCAAAAAGGAGUAUAAUGCUCUUCAUCAAAGACACACCGAGAUGAUCCACAGCUACAUGGAACAUCUGGAGCGGACCAAACACCAGCACCCAGUGACACCAGCAGAGCCGCCAGAUACAGGCACAUCAUCCAGAACACGGAAGGAGCGUCCCAUCUCCAUGGGCAUAUUCCAGCUUCCUGGGACUGAUGGUGUGACCCCUGACCUCCAGAGAGAGCCUGUGGACACGCCCUCUGAACCCUGGAGGUUCAACAACCUCAGCCACCCACGGUCCAACACCAGCCUCAAGGAUGAACUGGCUGGUUCAAACCGCAGAGGCUCCAAAGGUGGAGGAUCCAAGUCCAACACCCCCAUGUCCUCUCAGGGCGGUACGUCUAAAUCCAACACCCCCACCUCCGCGUCCACACCUCUGUCUCCUCAUGACGGCGCCUCCACCACUGUGAGUCCUGUGUCCAGUCAUGGUGGGGGCCCUGCCUCUGCUACACCUGGGUCUGCAGCUGCUUCAGAUGUGGCCAUGGAGUCUGUGGACACCCCCCUCCAGGAGCGGGCUUCGGACUUCAACCAGAACCUGGACUGGAACAGCGGGAAGCCGGAGAGCAACAAGAACAUCUCAGCGGUGCAGGAAGGACAGCAGGGUCAGAGUGGGCGGGGCAGUCAGGAGUCUGCUGCUACACCUGCGACAGGUGGAGAUGAUGGAGCGGAGAACCUGGACAAGUCUGAGGUGCAGGCCAUCAUAGAGUCCACUCCAGAACUGGACAUGGACCUGGAGAGCUGCAGAGGAACCAGCACGCCGGCUAAAGGCGGCGUGGAGAACCUGGCGUUCGACAGAAACACUGAGUCUCUGUUCGAGGAGCUGUCGUCGGCAGGAAACGACCUGAUCGGAGACGUCGACGAAGGAGCUGACCUGCUGGGUAUGGGUCGGGAGGUGGAGCAUCUCAUCCAUGAGAACACUCAGCUGAUGGAGACCAAAAACGCUUUGAACGUGGUGAAGAACGACCUGAUCGCUCAGGUGGACGAGCUGUCCUGUGAGAAGGAGGUUCUUCGAGGAGAGCUGGACGCUGUCAAUCAGGCCAAGAGCAAACUGGAGGAGAAGAACAAAGAGCUGGAGGAGGAACUGAAGAAGAUCCGAGGAGAGCUGGAGGAGGUCAAACACAAAGUCAAGCCUGAGAAUGAGGACGAUAGCGAUGUACCUACAGCCCAGAGGAAGCGCUUCACCAGGGUGGAGAUGGCCCGGGUCCUGAUGGAGAGGAACCAGUACAAGGAGAGACUGAUGGAGCUGCAGGAGGCGGUCAGAUGGACGGAGAUGAUCCGGGCGUCGAAGGAGAACCCAGCUCUACCAGAGAAGAAGAAGUCCAGCCUCUGGCAGUUUUUCAGCCGUUUGUUCAGCUCGUCGGGCGGAGCGGCCAAGAAGCCGGCGGUGGAGGCGCCGGUCAACGUCAAGUACAACGCCCCCACCUCUCAGGUGCAGCCGUCCGUCAAGAAGAAGAGCAGCACCCUGCAGCAGCUGCCCAGCGACAAGGGCAAGGCCUUCGACUUCCUCAACGAGGAAGUGGCGGCUGACAACGUGGUGUCCAGACGAGAGCAGAAGAGAGCGCAGUACCAGCAGGUCAAAGCCCACGUCCAGAAGGAGGACGGCAGAGUCCAGGCCUACGGCUGGAGUCUGCCCAAGAAGUUCAAGGCCAACGGAGGUCAGUCGGAGAGUAAGAUGAAGAACCUGCCUGUUCCGGUCUUCCUCCGACCUCUGGACGAGAAAGACGCUUCUAUGAAGCUGUGGUGUGCUGCUGGUGUGAAUCUCUCUGGAGGGAAAACCAGAGACGGAGGUCUGAUCGUCGGGGCCAGUGUGUUUUACAGUGACGUACCUGGACCUGAGAGCCCCAAGAAGAAGACCGGGUCCCAGAGCAGUCUGGACAAACUGGAUCAGGACCUCAAGGAGCAGCAGCAGGAGCUGCGGCAGCAGGAUGAAUUCUCAUCUCUGGUCUGGAUCUGCACCAGCACCCAGUCCACCACCAAGGUCGUGGUCAUCGACGCCAACCAGCCUGGAAACAUCCUGGAGAGCUUCUUUGUGUGUAACUCCCACGUCCUCUGCAUCACCAGCGUACCAGGAGCCAGAGAGACGGACUACCCCGCUGGCGAGGAGGUUCCUCCGGCCUCUGAGGCAGGACCGGUGGGGGAGGGCAGCUCCUCUGCGGCCGGCAGCAGCUCGGCGGGGGGAGACAGCGUGCUGGGGGGCAUCACUGUGGUGGGCUGUGAAGCGGAGGGAACGGCAGCUGUUCCUCAGACCGCAGACGGUUCAGGAACAGACGGAGAACCAGAAUCCAGACCAGCAGAGGAGGCCACCGAGGCCACGGAGACCAGCGGGGGGGUCACCGACCACAGAGAGACCCUGAGGGGCGUCUACACCGAGCACGUCUUCACCGACCCGCUGGGAGCUCAGCAGACGACAGAGACUCCAGUCGGCUACUCCCAGAGGGAGAGCGACCUGCUGAAAGAUGGAGUCAGUUCAGACCCAGCGGCCGAGGACCAGGACCUGAUGAGAGAGGAGGCUCAGAAGAUGAGCAGCGUCCUGUCCACCAUGUGGCUGGGGGCCCAGAACGGCUGUGUGUACGUCCACUCCUCCGUGGCCCAGUGGAAGAAGUGUCUCCACUCCAUCAAGCUGAAGGACUCUGUGCUCGGCAUCGUACACGUGAAGGGCCGGGUCCUGGUGGGUCUGUCUGACGGGACCUUGGCCAUCUUCCACAGAGGAGUGGACGGACAGUGGGACCUGACCAACUACCACCUGUUGGACCUGGGGAGACCACACCACUCCAUCCGCUGUAUGACUGUGGUCCAUGACAAGGUGUGGUGUGGAUACAGGAACAAGAUCUAUGUGGUGCAGCCCAAAGCCAUGAAGAUAGAGAAGUCCUUUGACGCCCACCCUCGUAAGGACAGUCAGGUGCGUCUGCUGGCCUGGGACGGUGAUGGGAUCUGGGUGUCCAUCAGACUGGACUCCACCCUCAGGCUGUUCCACGCUCACACCUUCCAGCACCUGCAGGACGUCGACAUCGAGCCCUACGUCAGCAAGAUGCUGGGUACGGGGAAACUGGGCUUCUCGUUUGUGAGGAUCACAGCUCUGAUGGUUUCCUGUAACCGUCUGUGGAUCGGCACCGGGAACGGAGUCAUCAUCUCCAUCCCCCUGACGGAGACAGCCAACAAGGCGACCAAGGCGGCAGGUAACCAACCAGGAGGUGUGGUUCAAGUGUACGGUGACGACAGCGGAGACAAGGUGACGGCCGGGACCUUCGUCCCGUACUGCUCCAUGGCUCACGCUCAGCUCUGUUUCCAUGGUCACCGGGACGCCGUCAAGUUCUUCACUGCUGUCCCAGGUCACGCCGCCCCUUCCCCCUCGUGUGGAGACGCAGCAGGUGACAGGACGACAGACUCCGCCUCCUCUCAGGACGGAUCCAGGUCCAUGUUGGUGAUGAGCGGAGGAGAAGGUUACAUCGACUUCAGGAUGGGUGACGAAGACGGCGAGGCGGAGGAGGGAGAGGACCCGCCCAUGAAUCUUCAGCCCUUCCUGGCUAAAGCCGAGCGCAGCCACCUCAUCGUGUGGCAGGUCAAUGAGGACUGACCUCUGACCUCUGACCCCUGAGGCCUGGUUUCCCUCUCUCAGACCUGCUGCCACGGAGGAGGAGUGCAGGUGAACGGCUCACCUGAACAGGCAGGAGUCUGAUCAGCACUUUGUCCUCGCACCUGAACGAUCAGUGUGAACCGAGCUACACCUGAUCCGAGGCCCGGUUCUCAGGAGACCCGGUUCUCAGGAGACCCGGUUCUCAGGAGACCUGGACCGGAGCAGACUUCUUCUUUUAUCUUGUUUUCUCUUUUUUAAUUUGAUGGAUCUGAACAUGAAUCUGUUCUUUUAAUAUUAUUUGAGGUUAAAGACAAUAAUUAUGCUACACACCUGUCCUCCAGGUUCCCUCCACUCGGUCCAGACCCUGUCCUGAUGCUGGACUGGUUCAGACCAGAAGAUAAUCACCUGUCACUUCCUGUUUGCCCUGUAAUCAUGUCAGACUGGGGCAACAUGUGGGAGCCAAUCACAGACCAGAUUUCAUGUCGAUGUUUGUUUUCAUCCUUUGAGAAGUUUAAUCAGUUUAAUCAGUCAGCAGGUGUUUGGGUCAGGAUCUCACCUGGUCUGAGUCUCACCUGCAGGUGUCUCAAUAUACAACAUUACAACAUGUAACACUGCAUUCAAGUCACAGAGCUGAAGAAUCCUCCUCCUCAUCAUCAUCAUCAUCAUCAACCUCUCUGAUUCUCUGUGUGAAGAUGAAAAAUCAUAGUUUCAUUUUAAUUGAGAAGUUUUCAGAUCAAAGAUGGCCGCCGGAGACGACGCCUCCUCCUCAGUUUGUACAACAUGAACCAGAAUUAAAGAUGUUCCUAUAGAUUUUUAGUAUUUUCAUAUGAAACCAGCUGCUCAUGUUUUAUAAACAGACGAGGACGAGUCACUUCUGUCCGUCUGCAAAAUAGUUUCAGUCACCCACGCACGCA